AUGUUCCUACUUUCAAAAGAGCCCCUGAAUGCAGCAUCCGCGCCGUCCACCAAUGAGAUUUGAGCUCAACCUGAGAGGCAAAUCACGGGGCGUUAAAAAAAAACCCGUACAUCGCCGCUUCAGUUCAGUAAGGUAGGCUUGGUAGCUUGGUAGCUAGGCUAGCUAAUGUUACCUAUCCGGUGUCUGCGCCGUUGCUAACACGCGCUAACCCUAACGUCCCGCUAACUGCUUCACCUAGCAUGACGCCGCGCUAAUUUGAAUGUCCGCGUUAGCUUAGCUUUGGUUUUCCGACAGUGUGAGGAGGAGGGGAGGACGCCUGCCCACCAACACCGCCUCCAACAGCCGCUACGGAGUCUCGCCUACAGCCGCCUCCCGCCGCUAGCUUGAAGUUCCUCAUCCGCCUGUGGAUGAGGUAGUUUUUUUUUAUUUAGGGAGGGUGGUCGGAAGGUGGUGUUAGCUAGCUUAAAACAACACACCAAGGCGGUGGAUACAUGUCUACCUCUCAACCGCGAGACCAACUACGAAAGGGAAAUCUUGCAGUUCAUGUUUCGCCAAGAAGUCGGUGUGACGUCUUUUAUUCCAUCUUGUUCGUAUCUUUUCCAACAAGAGAAGAGGAAUAUGUCCAGAUAUAACAUAUACAGCCUGUUGGACUGGGUCUACGGCGGGGUGGACCCGAAGUUUGAGGGCAACGGGGGCCCCGAGUGCGCCGCCUUCCUGGCGCCCCAGCAGCGCAUCAGUGAAAGUCUGGUGAUCGUCCUCAUCUCCCUGGUGGAGGUCUGCGUGGCGCUGAGGAAGAUCAACCUCUCCAAGGAGCUCAGGGUGGUCGGGAAAGACUGCACAAGGGCGAAGGAGGACAGUCUGGGCAAGAACCUGUUGCUGGUCGCCCUUUGCAUGACUUUUGGAGUGGAGGUUGGGUUCAAAUUCGCGACCAAGACUGUGAUCUACCUGCUGAAUCCCUGCCAUGUCGUGACCAUGGUGCAGAUCUUCCUGCUGGCCUGCCCGCCAGGUAAAACAGCGAUGGUUGUGUUUAGGCUGCAGGUCCACAUGUUGAACGGUGCUUUGCUGGCUUUGAUGUUUCCUGUCGUCAACACUAGACUGCUGCCGUUUGAGAAGGAGAUCUACUACAUCCAGCACUCCAUGCUGUACCUGGUGCCUCUUUACCUUUUCAGGAAAGGAGGUGUGUACAAGCCGGAACCUCUGGGUGACAUGUGGUGGGCGCUGCUCUCCACCGGCCUCCUCUUCCUCUAUCACUUCGUCUUCUUGCAGCUUCUUGGCCUGGUGACCGAGGUCAACCUGAACAACAUGCUGUGCCCGGCCGUGUCCGAUCCCUUCUAUGGGCCUUGGUACCGGGUGUGGGCGACGGGCCACCAGACGCUGCUGACGCUCCUUCACGGGAAGUUCCUCACGCUCCUCUCGCAGCACACGGGCUCCGUGUGCCGAUACGUGCUGGACACACUCCGACUGCGCAGCAAGAAAGUCGACUGAUUGUCUACAACAGAUGCACACAGACCUCGCCUUUCAUUCUAAAUGCCUGCUCUCUUCAUGGAGAUGUUUUUUUAUUAUUAUUUUGUUUUAAAUCAUCCUUUUAAUGCAUCGUUUGAGACUUACAAUCUGUUUUACUGAAACACAGGAGCAUUUCAGGGCCAGUGAAUCAAUGUGUCAUUCAUUUAGUGCUGUAGUUGGCUUGCAUGCACAAACACAGGCGUUUCGAGGUAGUUAGCAUCAUCGACGUGACCAGAAUAUAUUUUUCGGGGGGAGUGCGGUCUCCAGAAACAUAUCGGUGAAUUUGUGGGAGAUUUCCCAGCUGCCUUUUUUGUGAAAGUCCUGAGGUCGGAGGACGGGAGUCACACAAAUGUCCCUUCUACACUGCAGUUGUUACAACAUUCAGUUCUUCACGUGUUCGUUAUACUAGAUCAUAUGUUAGUAGGUAAAGCCGCCAUUUUAUUUGUAUCAAGUGCGUUUUUUGAAAAAAAAAAAAUAAUAAUGAUAAUAAUAAGAUUGUGAAUGUGAGCUGUCGUUAAAAGUUAUUUGCUUGUUUGUAGUCGAGAGGAUUUCUGUUGGACACGUAUGAUCGCCUCUUGGUGUUGUCAUGACUGAAAAAAGGAAACUUAUUUAUGGUGUCCAUCUGUUCCCACUUUACUACACACACACACACCCACAGAAACGUUGUUGUACGUGGCCUCUUUUGCAUUUCUGUCUCCAGCCCUUUCAGAUCAUUCCAGUUGUGAUAAUCAGGAGACAUGAGGGUGUUUUUAUUACUGAGAUUCAAAAGCGAUGAAUGAGGAUUUAUGGAUCUACACUUGGAUGUUAUUAUUACCUCUGCCACGCAGGUUACGUUUCUGUCUGUGUAAUUUUUAUUGUGAUAUUGGACCAUUUCUGGUGAGAUAUGAACUUCAGUGUGUCGUCGGGAUGAAUGUGUUUUGUUUGUUUUGUUUGUUUGUUUGUUUGUUUUUGCCAAGAUGGAGCGGAUCCUGAUGAAAUGUGCAUCUGGGCUGAAAAUAAUGCAUCGUAACACUUGAAUAGAAAUUAUUGCUUGAUCCUCAAGUUACCUUACAUCCUGAAUUCACUCCACCAUUAUAACUGUAAACGAGUCACAGUCGUCUGGGGAUUUUUGUAUAGAAAAAAAAAAAAAUAAAUGCAUCAGAUGAAUCUGCAUGAAGUCACUUUGGGUCUUCUGUUGACGACCCAGUGGGAGAGAAAGUAUUAACUAGCAUUGAUAAUUUGGAAUAUGUCAGUCAUGGUAUAUAUCAUUGCAAGUGUGAGGGAAGUGUGUAUUACUGUAGCAUAAACUGUACUUCACUGUAAAGAAGGGACGAGACAAACUUUUGUAUUUCUAUGGGUUUGACUGUAUGUGCUGUAUUGACAAUAAAAGUGAUUUCAAUUGA